AUACAUUUAAAAAGAAAAAAAAAAAAAAAGGAGAGAAAACAAAUCUCUGAUAAAUAAUUUAUUUUGCAAGCGUCGUCGUAACCUCUCAAUGAAAAAUCUCGUCCAGACUCUUUGGAGCAAUCUGAGGAGUGGCUACUGAUUCCGCCGCACAAGUCUGGAGGAAGGGAUUUGGUAUUUGUUAUUAUUUGUAAAGGUUAUUGCUUUCUCUCUACUCUCUAGUGUGUGUUUUGGUUUGGAUGGAGAACCAAGAAGAGAUGUACCCUGCUGUAACUUCUGAGUUUGACCCUGAGGAGAUCGUUACGGUGGAAGGAGGAGCUGAAGGGAGUGGUGUGGUUUUUGCAAGAGAGUCACCACCUCUUAUAGCUACAACUCAACCGAGCAAUUGCUGUGCUUGUUGUAGUGCAAUGAAACUGCAAUGCAGCGGUAAUAAUAAUGCUCAUCUUAACAGACAGGAUAGAAUUGAAUUGGGUAGACUUUUCCAAGGUUCUGUUAGCUCACAGGAUUGGCAACUUUCCGAGAGGUUCAUUCGUCUUGCUGAUCCUCAGACUUUGAAUGAUUUCUUGUGCAUUAGUCUAGAUUCUAUUUGGUUCUUGAGUACAGAGCACGAGUUAAAGGGGAUCACGGGAUUGAUUUCGAAGAUCAUAUGUCAUGGUGCUCAUGACUAUACUAGAGCUACGCUUAGGACUUCGUUUCUUGCUUCUUGUGUUUCAUCUUGCCACAGCCGGACUGCGAGUCUUGCUGAUACUGUAACUCUUAUGGCUCAAAGGUUGCACGAGCGUCUCCAAGAGUGUAACGGUGAUGAGGUCCUCAAAGCAGAAGCUGGUGCCAAAGUUCAAAAGUUCACUGAAUGGGCCCUCAAAUGUAUAGGUUUUCACUCCCGAUGCCAGGGACCUAGAGAUAAAGCUAACCAAGACUCAGCUGCUGAGAUCCAACUCCAGCUUUCUGCUUUCAAGAUGUUCUUAGAUCUUGCUGGAAACCAUCUAUCAGGAAAGGAUUUCACAGAAGCCUUUGAUGCAGCUUGCUUCCCGCUUACUCUGUUCUCUACCUCGUUUAAUCCUGGCUGGUCUUCUGGAAUCUCAGCUACUGUCAUUCAUGGAUUGCUUGGUAUGCUGGUGGAAGGAGGCGCAGAUAACGUAAAUCAGUGCUUUCUUGAAGCUUCUCGUUUUGGGAGCACAGAACUUGUGCGCAUCUUGUUGCAGAUUGCUCAAAGGAAUAGCUUAGACGUGGAUGUUGACUUAGCCCUGGGUUUUGCUUCGCAUUAUAGUAAAAUCGAAACUAUGAAUUGCCUUGUGGAAGAAGGUCAUGCGAUUGCUUUCCUGGGUCCCUUGAUGAGAGCAGCGGAGAGAGGUUGCAUGCAAGUUGUUCAAUGGUUUGUGAAAAGAGGCUGUCGUGAGAUGGAGCUAUGCUUAGCUCUCACAGCCGCCACUUCAAGCAGCCAGGUCGAGGUUGCUGCUUAUCUCCUUCCUCAUGUACCAAGACCCGUCCUCACUGCUCUCAGCGUUGAAAUCCUCAAAGCAGCCGGUGAAAGAAGUGGUGGUUCCCUUUACGGAGUAGAGUUUCUCCUAAAAUCAGAUUUCCUCCGGGAUCCAGUAGCCACAUAUUCAGUUGCAGACACCAUUGCAAAGUCAGAAGACGAGUCUGUUCCUUCACAUCUUAAAUCGUUUCUCCAAGAACACUGGUCAGAGGCUGCAUUCAACCAAGGAUUGAGGGAAAGCCAGGGAAACUUCAUGAAUUUUAUGAGGGUUUUGAAACUUGGAGAGUCUGCAAUAAGUCUAAAGGAUCUCCCAGCACCAUUGAGAGUAGCAAUCGCCUACAUGCCGCUGUACAGAGAGUGUGUGGAGGCGGGUGGGCGGCUGCUCUCACAGAAGCUAAGAGGACAGCUUGUGGAAGCCGCAAAACAGCUUCAAGGGUUGGAUGUGGCCUCAGAAGAAGUAAAGAAAGGCUAUCGUCACCUCGUGGCAGUUUUGGAGCAUCACCUUCCUCUAUUUUUGGUCAAAGCUUCUCCACACUGAGCAGCAACGGAUCCAGCAUCUGAGCUAUUCGGGUUAACACAAGUCGUUUCUUACAAUAGUUGAAAAAAUAAGAAGUGAGAAACAACCGUACCCCUACGAAUUUGGAUUCUGAUCCAGGUUGUGAGAUGAUGAAUCAAAACUUCCUAUGUGGGAAUGUCUUUGUCAAGUCUCUCUAAAUCUGUCUUUUUUAUGCAUCCUAAACCAUGGGGAGAAUGAUAAUGAAAGCAAUGCAGAUUAUAUUACUUCAUCUGUAAUCAAAGUUACUACUUCUGUCUCA